CUCGCCGUUUCGUAGCAUUUAGAAAUACCGGGUAGUUUUGGGUAUGCACUUAUAUUUGCAUUGUUAAAAGUUAUUAUUGUGAAUUUUCACUUAAUAGUGUUGAUAAAAGAAAUACUCUUUGAAAUGAAAUAUCAGUAGACAAACGGACUGAGCGCGAUCGUGAGCGUAGGAAAGAUGGAAGUUUCGUUUGUUUUUGCGCCUGUAAUUUCGCAGGAUGAAUGGGCAAAUGUACCGAACGAAAUAGCUAAAAAGGUGGAAGCUUUCGUGGAAGGGAAGUUUGAAGAACUGAUAACCUGCAAGGCUUUGUUGGAAACCACUAGGCAUAAUGCAGAGCAAGCGGCGGCAGAUUUCAAAGUACAGUUGGAUGCUGUUACCAAAGAGAACGAAGAAUUAAAGUUACGACUUGGUACGGCUGCUAACACGAUUUCUGAACUAGAGUCGCAAAUAGCUCAAAUCACUAAUGAUGUUACGAAGUUGCAAAGCACCUCGAAUAGAUUGGAGGCUGAAGCUGCAGAAUUCCGCCAUCAGAGAAAUCUGGCGGUGGACGAGCGCGAUGAACAUCUUAAAAUGUUGCAGAGGAGGAACAAUGAAAUCGAACGUUUACAGGCGGAUCUUUCAACAUUGACUAAACAACUGGAAGGGGCUGUUAAUGCAAAAUGUGAAGCUCUGGCGCAAGCGGAUGAGGUAGCGUCGAUGAAAUUGAGGCUUGAGUACAGGGAAAAAAGAAUAGAGCAAGAACGCCAAUUAUUGAAUAGUCAGAUUGAGAGCUUGACUGAAGAUUUAAAUGUUAAAACUGAAGAAUUACUUAACAUGCGACGUGAUAAUACUUCUCGUUGUAUUCAACUUGAAACUAAGUUGACUGAAAAAAAUCAAGAAUUGAUUGUUGCCAAUGAUCAUAUAAAAUCUGUAACUGAACUGAACGAUAAUUUAGCUACUCGCAAUGAAGAAUUGUCUCAAAAGUUGUUGAGUCAACGGGAAAGUGAUGCCAAGAUGAAUGACUCGUAUCUUCAUGAAAUUGAAGCAAAGACAAAACUGGCUAAUGCAUAUAAGUCAAUGUUCGAAGAAAGUCAGCAACAUGCAGAGAGUCUUAAGGAUGCUUUAGCAGAGGUUCAACAGCUUUUAAAACACGCUACCGAUCAGUAUGGAGAUCUAGAAACAAAACACAAAGAAUCUGAAUUAACUCAUGAGGAAAUCAUGGCCAAAAAGAAUGAAUGCAUUGCUAUGUUGAAAAAGGAAUUGGAGAUUUCAAAGGAAUUGGUUGAAAAUUGCAAACAAGAACAGCUUCACAAAGAAAUCGAAGGUCUAUCACCAACUGCAGCUUCCGCUUCUCGUUUAUUAAAAUCUGGAAUGACAGUAACGGAGAUUUACGCACAAUAUGUAACCAUCUCUGAGAGACUGGUUGAUAUGGAAAAAGAAAAUGCCCAGUUGAAGAAUUACAUUAACAGUAUUGUGCAUGAAGUCGAAGAGAAAGGUCCUCUUAUUAAAAAAUUGCGGGAAGACUACAGCAACGCUUUAGAUGCAAAUGAAAUGUUGAAGAACUCCAAUGAACAGUUGUUAAGUGAAAUUCAACAGCUUCGUGAUGCAAACGCUCAGUGUACAAGACUUGAAGAUGCAGUUUCAAGGGAGAAUGCCAGGUACAAAAAGGAAGUGGCUGACUUAAGUCGCCAAGUUUGUCAUUUAUUACAAGAAAUAGAAAACUCACGUGUGGGAUCUUCGUCGACGUCGACUGACAUGGAUUUGAGUGAUAGCGUUAGCUCAGCUGAUAUAAUCACGAAGAAAUUAGUUACGUUCCACGACAUAUCUGAACUACAGAAAAAUAACCAAAAACUGCUUGCGAUUGUACGAGAACUAACCGAGCGUCAGGAGGAAGCCGAAGCGUUUGAUCCAGCUGCGAUAUCCGAUUUAAAGAUGAAACUCGACCAUUUGCGUGAAUCUCAGAAUGAACUUCUCGAAGAACGUGAUCGACAAAAUAAAAUGAUGAUGACGUUAAGUAAUCAGAGAGAUAUGUACAGGAAUUUGUACACACAAGCUGUUAAAGCUAACGGAGAGGAAGUUCCAUCUCAAUUGGAAUCUUCUUUUACGUUAAGGGAUGCCGCUGGAGAAAACGAUAAGAGUCAAAACGACAACGAGUCUCAAGGGGAUGAUAAGAUCCAAGAACUGACUACCCAGAUCGAGAACUAUAAGAAAAAGAUAGAACAUUUGAAGAAUGAGAAUGAAACCUACCGAAAAGAGAAGACCGCUAACGAAAAAAUACUUUUAGAGCAGCUUGAGGGAAUGAGAGCAGAAAUAAAAGAAUUGGUCAAAGCCAAUUGUAAGUUAUCAUCGCAGUUGGAAAACAACGAGGAGAAGUUCAAAAUUGCACAGAAUAACAUUGAGAUUUACAAGAAACAAAUUAACGCUUUGGAAAAGCAGAAUAAGAUCUACAACGAGACCAUAAUUAAACACGAACAAGCUAUAACAUAUCUAAAAGAUGAGACGAUGCAAUCCCAGACGAAGCUAUCAAGAGCCGAAGUAAUGUUGGCAAACCUGCAAAAAGAAAAUGCGUUGUUGAAAGAUGCUGAGAUGCGUUUAGUUCGAGAAAGAGAGAACAUGAAGCGCGAAUCUCAUACCCAAAAUAUGAUACAGACCAACAUAGAGUUGAUUAAAGCCACUUUGGAAAGAACUGAUGCCGAAAGUAAGUUAAGGUUAGAAGCAAGAUUAGACGAAGCGCAUCGCGAAUGUGCUGCUUUGCGCCGUCGCUUACAAGAAGAGCAAGAUCGUUUUAGACAACUUACAGAACACUUGGAAAAGCAAACUGAAGUGGCUAAACAACGCAUGACCGAAGAAAAAGAAGAAGCUGAUAAGUUGAGGAAACAAUUGGCCGACAACCGAGACGAAUUAAUUCAAAAAGCUAAUCAAGUUGAAGACUUGACUAAGAAAUUGAAAACAUCUACAUUCUUUAUUCCAGAAUCCAAUGUGGACGGACAUAAGAUUUGUGAAUUGGAGCAACAGUUGGGCGACAGCAAGGCGGAAAUCGACGCCUUAAAAACAAAAUUGAAAACGACGAAAGAAGCGUCAGAGCAGUAUUGCAAUGUUGCUAGUACUGCAGAAAAUCAAAUGAAAAUGUUAAUGGAACAACAAAAAGAAUUUGAACAGAAGAUUGAAACUCAUAAGAAUACAAUAAAACAGUUGCAAGAGAAAUGUGCAGAGCUUGAAGGUGAACUUUCUCUUCAAAUGGACGAUCAAGAUAUCGCCAGUGCAAGCACCCGAAGUAAAUCGCAUCAGUUAGAAGAAGAAUUGAACGUCAAGACUAUGGAUUUGCAGACUGCACGAGAACAGUUGGAGAGUACAAGAAAUGAAAAUAAAUCGCUAAUAGAAAAUUUGAAAGCGGUUGAAAACAAAUAUGCGAGAGAAGUAAUGUUACAUUCUACAGAUCUACAGAUGUUGACGGACAUGAAAGCCGAGCUUGAACAGAUGACAAACGAAUUAGAUGAAGUCAAGAAGAAUAGAGACUGUGCUGUAGAAGCAUUGAACGAAAACAAAACUAGUUGGGAAAAUCAAGAGAAGAUCAUUCAAAAAGAGAGAGAAGAAUUAGAAAAGCGAUUUAAAGAUAUAGAUGCCCAGAAUAGUUUAUUGUUGGAUCAGAUUCAAGCUCUCAACACACAACUAUCUUUAAUUCAAGCGCAAGCAACUUCCGAUCAGUCAAAUCAGUCAAUUGCGGACAUGUCUUUCAAUAAAUCUUUGACCGAAGACGAAGUCAAGUCAUCUGAACAAUUGUUAACAAUCAUCAGAUACUUACGUCAAGAAAAAGAUAUAUCCGUAAGCAAGGCGGAAAUUAUUGAAGCCGAGUACGAAAGAUUGAAAUCUCAGUUUGAAGUUCAGGGUAAACAGUUAGCUGAAGUUAAGGCAGCUGUUGAAGCAGAACGGCAAAAGUCGGAAGUGUCCGUUGUAACUGCGGCUAAACACGCUGAAGUAUUACGCAAAGUCGAAACUUUGAACGCAAUUACUGAUAGCAAUAGAGCGUUACGCACAGAACGAGAUUCGUUGAAGGCGCAGAUUAACGAAUUGAAGGAGCGUGCGGAUAGUUUAGCUUCAGAAUUGGCACCAACUCAGGAGAAGAAUAGAGAAUUGAGUAUUAAAGCUGAAGCAAUGCAAACUGAAAAUAUUUCGCUGAGGUCCGAAUGUACCAAGUGGCGACAAAGGGCCCAGAUGUUGAUUGAAAAAUCCAACAGAACUAGUCCCGAAGACUGGAAGAAGUUAAUGAACGAACGUGAAACUCUUGCUAAACAAUUAACUAUUGAGAGAGGUAACGUAGCAAAAUUAACUGACGAAGUCAACACACUGAAACAAGACAAGAACAAACUCGAAGAACAACUGAAGAGCUUACGGGCACAAAUUAAUACCCAGUCGGAAGAAAUAAGCCGACUGAAAGAAGAGUCCACAUUAUUGCAGAGUCAGGUACAACAACUCACACAAAGCGUUGAACAGUCUCAAGAUACCAAUAAACGUUUAUUGGAAGAAAAUAGGGUGCUGACGGAACACACUGCUGGAAAGGAUGUGAAUAUUACUGAACUUAAAAACAAUCUCACUCAGAUUCGCAAAAUUGCCAAGAAAUAUAAGAUCCAGUGCGAGGAUCAGAUGAAUGAAAUUAAAACCUUAAGAGAGGAAAGAGAAGCGAAAGAGAAUGAACGAAAUUCUAGCGAACAACAGUUGCAGGAACAGCGUAGUGAACUAGAAGAGAGAAUUAAUCAAAUGGAACAGGCAAAUAAGGAAUCAAUUGAAAAAUUAAAUGUGCAGGUGACGUCAUUAACAGAAGAAAAUGAGAAUUAUAAGAAAGAAAUAGAAACUCUCAAACAGGGUGCUUUAGAUAGAGAAGAAAGGUUUAAGAAUCUGUUUAAAAACGCUAAAGAAAGAAUAGUAACAUUAACUGAACAGGUCAACACUUUGAAAAGUCAGCUGGGCAGUCAAGAAGGACCAGUUUCAGCAAAUGAUAAUGGAGAGGAAGGUAGUUCUUCCACCAGUAAUAGUGAUCUUUUAACGAAAAUCGAUAAUCUAGAAAAAGAGAAGGCCAAUAUUUUGGCUGAAAAGAGACAAGAGAAUGAGAAGUAUGCUUCGGAAAUUGAAACUUUGGCGCAGAAAGUUACUCAACUACAACGACAACUUGGUCAACAAGGUUCAAAACCUAGUACUAGUACAGGCUCUGAAAAACCUGCUAGUGAGCCUCCAACUGCUAACAUUAAGCCUAUGGCAGGUCAUUCUACUAAUACUCAAACUCAGUCUGUACCGAUACACCCAUGGCGUAGUGGCGAGACUCCAUUAGCUAGUAUUAGACCAAUGUCACAACAAGUGAGAACUGUUACUGUUUUACCAACAAGUCAAAGUCCUAGCGCGGUUAUGGUUCCUCCACAGCAACAGGUGCACACUACAGGAUCAAGUACAAUAGAGGCACUUUCUAGUAGUAGCCCAACUAGUUCGCACACUGAUUAUGUUCCUGCAACUAGUUCGGCUAGUCCUGCUAUGCUGGGACCGCGGCAAGUCGUUGUUCCUCCUACACAAUCAUCCCAAGAUACUGAAGAUGAAGAAGCUAAUAUGCAGGUACAAACUGCUCCUCAACAACAAGCUGUAGCUUUAGUACUACCUAGAGUAGAACCACCCAAUAGUGGGCCUACACAGGAACAAGGAACGAGCAGCAGCAGCAGUUCUAAUACUGUUACGACCACACAGGCUGGAUUAAAACGUCAAAGAGAUCCUGAUACGGACACAGUAGAUGAUCAAACUAAGGUACAGCAGCAGAGUAAAAGAAGUCGGGUUCAACAAGCCGGAACUGUAAGCGACAGCGGUUUAGAAGUGGAAUACCAAGUACCAACUAGUAGUCAGAGAGAUCACGAUGACGAUCAUGUCAUAGUUGUGGAAAGUGAUGAAGAAGGCGGCGCUGAUGAAGGUGAAGGAGCAGACGAUGAACCAGAUGACCCUGACACGGAAGGGUAUGACAUGGAAGGGAUGGAACAAGAUAAUUACGAAGAUGCCGAUUGCCAAGACGUUGAAGAUGAGGAAGGUGGAAACGAAGUCGAGGUGAUCGAAGAUUCUAGCGAGGUACCAAAUCAGAGCGAGAGGUCUGUUCAGGAAGGUACUUCUCAAGAAGAAAUCGUUGAACCAGCACAACCCGAAGCUACUAGCAGUGGAACCGAUGGGGGCCCUGGUGGUGUAACCUUAUCCCAAGCCUCGACAUCAGUGUCCAUGACAAUGCCCUGCUUCUCCCGAACCAGACCUAUAGCCCCACUCCCAUCCAGACAGCAGCAAUCUCAUCUGUUGUUGUCGCACGGCCUGGAAGAAGGCGGCGAUGAUGGUAUUGUGCCAUCAACGCCUACGUUAUUUGUGCCGAGAAGAUCUGACGGUUUCGGUGAGGCCGUUAGUUCUCCUCAUGUGCCCACGAGCGGGAGGUUUACUUUUAACGAGUCUGUUCCUCCGAGCACUGCCGGUUCUAGUGAGGUCGUUCCCGAGCAAACUUUAGAAGUCACAAAUAUGGAUGAGAACAGCACGGGCAGAAGUGUUCCUAGCACACCCUUGCAAGCGUCACCCCAGGAAGCUGUUCCAGGAGGGGAAGAGCAAGGUUCCAGUCAAACGACGCAAUCAGACGCUGAAAUACCCUCCAUCACUGUGAGUGGAGCUGACGAAGAUGAACCUCCUGCAGAAGGAAGUUCAGAAGAAUGUAUGGGCCCUCCAAGCGUCGCUGGAACAUCAGCCGAAAGUGUUCAGGAACCAAACCAAGCCGAAGAAGCUGAAGGCUACGAUGGGGUUAGUUCAGAAGGGGAAAAGCAGCCUAGUACUGAAGACGGAGGGGAAGAAGAAGGCAGAGAAGCCGAAGCAUCUCCUAGUACAAACACUAGGUCGAGGUCAACGCGCGGCUCAGGAUCAACAGCAAGGCGCUCUGGUAGACAGAUGUCUAAUCGAGGGAUGAAUAGAUCCGGGCCUACACCCAUCGUAUGGGGUGAUCAAAGGAAUGCACCUCAGCGGCAUUCAGAUGGACCAAGAGGAAGACCUAAUAUACAGUCAAAUUAUUCACCUAGAGUAGCCAGACGUGCUAGAGGUCGAGCCCAACGACCAUAUGGAAGAUUUUAAAUUUCAUUAUUUCAGUUAAUAUUACCAUUCCAACUAAUGUACGUUCGACAUUUAUAUAUAGGAUGUAGAGUAUUGAAAUAGUUUUCUAUGUUUUUAGAUAUUUUUUUUAUAUUCAGUUCAAUGUAAAAAGUUUUAUAUUUAGGUAGGACUUAAAUGUAAAAAUGUUUAGUAUACUAAAGACUUUGACUGAUUGGAAAUUUAAAUAUUCAUUUUUUUAAUUAUUGAAUUUUCGAGGAAUGUUAGCUAAGCUUUGUGUUAUUUUCUUUAAUUUAGGAAUUUUUCGUCAAAAAAUAAAAGAAAAUUCAGUGCA